UCUCAUUGUUUUCUUCUGUUUUUUUUCUGAUUAUUUUUAUUUUUAUUUUUCCACACUGUCAUUUCAUACAGACAGGCAUCACUUGUUUCAGAUGAUGAUAGUCCGUAAUCUCAAGUAUCGCUACAGCGCGUUACGACGUGUGAGGAAACUGAACCCUUAUGAGAAACGGGAUCUGUAUUCAUGCUGUAGCUUGUGCACAAGUCCACAACGGUGGCGGCCUUAUGAGUAGAGUCGCUCUUUCUCUCUCUCGAACCCCCUUUAAUCUGAAAAUUUUCCUUUACCCUUGUACAUUACUUGGUGUCUUGCUACCAUUAGUUUUGAAAACGAUCCGAAAUUUUAGGUGCUAGUAAAUUGUGGGAGCACUAAUAGUUGUGUAUUCGGUGUUGUUGAUGGGCGUACUGGUUGUUCGUAUGUUGGUUUUCCUCUUAGGUACGCAGUUUUGGCUGUCUGGCUUGACUGAGAGGGGUAUGCGAUGGAGCGCACUGGCGAAGUGUAGUUAAGAACGUGACAUUCUUCCCCGUAGAUACCGACAUCUGCUAUUGGUGGAAGUUAGUUGUGCCAUCCCCGCUUCUUUGCACAUGACCUCAGUCACUGUAAAAAGCCAGGCGCUCGUCAACAGAUAAGAGAACUCGCAGUGCACUUGAACAUUCUUAGAGAUGUGCAGCGACUUCACUUUGGAGACGAGGUGGAGUGAGGCCCCUAUUCCUUCCUCAGCCACCCUGCAGCUUAUUUCAAGGCGAUGACCUCAGAUGGUCUAACCUAUCCCCUGUUUCGUAGAGCCAUUUUGGUUAGACCACCUAAUUUCAAGCGAUGACCUCAGAUGGUCUAACCAUCCGGUUGUUGCGUCUAUAUUCUCUUUCUUUAGUCCCUACAGUACAAAAACAACCUGUGAUUGAUCGUGCUAGACCUCAGACAUUCUGAGGUGGCCAUAUAAUUUCGUCAUGCGAGAAGAUUUUUAACAUCGAAGACCAACGUAUUCUUACCAGCUUUUACCUCUGAAUCGUACAUCUGCCAUGGCGGAUUCGGUUUCUAUUUCUUCGCUCUGAGAAAAAAUUUCAUGCAAGGAGAUCAGAACGUACUCAGUCUUGCGGCCGCUUCAGCGCUACCCUGAGUUAUUGUACUUCUUGAAACACAUCAUUUUCAAAACGAGAGCAGGAACAUUUGAUCGUGUUGAAGGCCUGUUCUUUCCUCACUCAGCUGUUCGAUUUCAUAAUUUGGAACAGCUAUAGUAUCCAGUGCUAUGAAACUGCCUAUGGUCAUUAGUUUGGCAAAUUUUUGCAGAGUGUGCGGUGAGAGCAAUAUUGUGGCUAUUAAAUAAAUCAUGCUUGAAAUACGGCAGGCGAUAUUUUCUUCGAGCUGGUGUUUCUUGGGAGUGAACUUCCCCGCUGGACCUUGAAAAUUGAAGCUUAGCAGAACCUCUCUCAUCCUGUACGCGAAUGACGGAUUUGUGUAUCACCCAUUCAAGCUUUCCAAUGCAAUCUGUUCACAAGAUUUACGGUGGUUCCAGAUGGCCACGACCCCGUGUGCAUUGUUUUCUUGAUUUGAAAAUUGUGUUUGCAAAAGUGACAUGGCUUCGACGUCGAGUAGAGGACCGACGUCACUCUAGUACGUAUCUCAUAAAAGUCACUGACAAGGCGUGGUCUGCUAUACCGCCGUCUAACUCUUAUUUUUUGGAUUUCUUGUGUGAGCAUUCUCUGUACUGCCAAAGUGGUAUAUUACUACCUACCUGCCGUUCAGGAAUUUCGGAAAAAGACAUGAUGAGCGUUUCUAUAUAUAGCAACCAUCAGAACAAGGAAGAAAAAUUGGCUACCGUAACAAUGGGGAGCUCAUGGCUGCCAGAACAAUCUUUUCAAAGCUGGGGAAAUUACAGGCGAGCACUUGCUAGUAUACCAAGCAGACUGAUAGAUCGGAUGAGUGCACGCACGCAGCUGAACGAAGAAGUGACAGACAUUAAAGCUCGAAGCAAUGUGGACAUGAACAAGAACUUGACCUGGUGGGACCUCAUCUGGUUUGGAAUAGGAGCUGUUAUCGGCGCGGGCAUUUUUGUCUUGACGGGUGUGGAGGCAAAAAAUCACGCAGGUCCGGCAAUUGUGAUAUCCUACGUCAUCGCUGGAUCCUCUGCUAUGUUAAGCGCCUUUUGCUACACCGAAUUUGCUGAUGAGAUCCCCCUCGCUGGAGGAGCUUUUGCAUACCUGCGGGUGGAGCUUGGCGAUUUUAUUGCUUUCAUAGGCGCAGGCAACAUAGUACUUGGAAACGUUAUUGGUAGUGCUGCCGUCGCAAGGGGGUGGACUUCUUACUUCGCGUCCCUCAUCUUCAGUGGUGUUGACGUGGGUGACAAACUACGAAUCGAAACUAAUCUUGCUGAAGGAUACAAUCAGCUCGAUCCCAUUGCUGUUGCCGUCCUCGUACUUGUUGGAUUGGUUGCAAUAUGGAGCACAAAAGGAGCAUCGUACGUAAAUUGGAUCGCGUCCUUGGUCAACAUGUUCAUCAUCGCAUUCAUCAUUGUUGCUGGUCUAGCACUUUCAAACUCCCACAACCUUACGGAUGACUUCUUCCAUUAUGGAGCAAGGGGCAUCUUUAGUGCAUCAUCGGUCUUAUUUUUUGCAUACCUUGGCUUCGAUGCAAUUUCAACGAUGGCGGAGGAGGUAAAGAAUCCGGGACGCGACAUCCCCAUUGGUUUGCUCGGCUCCAUGACCAUCUGCACCUUCAUUUACAUCAUGAUGGCGGUAACAUUGUCCCUCAUGGUGCCCUUCUUGAAUAUCGACGAAGGUGCUCCAUUUUCGGUGGCGUUUUCAAGCGUUGGUUGGGAUUGGGCGAAGUAUAUUGUCGCAUUAGGCGCACUGAAAGGGAUCACGACUGUGUUGUUAGUUUCCACAGUCGGCCAAGCUCGUUAUCUCAUACACAUUGCCCGCUCACAUUUGAUCCCUCCAUGGUUUUCCCAAGUGAAUAAGCAAACGCGAACUCCAAUUAACGCCACCGCCAUCACGAUCUUGGCGAGCUCUGUUGUUGGCUUCUUCACCGACCUUCCAAUCCUGGGCAACCUCCUCUCCUUGUCCUCCUUGUUCAUCUUCUUCUUGGUUGCUGUUGCACUUCUUGUGCGCCGCUACUACGUCCCUGGGCAGACGUCUCGGCAGCAUGGGGGCCUUUUCAUUGUGUAUAUGCUACUUAUCAUCCUUUCCUCCACCGCAAUUGCAGCAUUCUGGGGACUGAACAAAAGCGGGUAUGCCUUGUAUGCUGUAUGCGGAUCUAUCUGGUCCUUCUCAACCCUCCUCCUUCACCUAACCCUUAGACCUCUUCGUCAACCGGAGACGUGGGGGGUGCCUUUCAUGCCAUGGAUCCCUUCUCUCUCCGUAGCCUUCAACAUCUUCCUCUUGGGCUCUUUGGACAAGGCAAGCUUCAUCCGUUUCGGAUAUUGGACGGGGAUGAUGCUUGUGUAUUACUUUUUCUUUGGCCUGCACUCGACCUACGACGCAGCAAAGUACAACUCCUCGGAUCUGGUGCCAAAAACACUACGCAAUGAAGGUCAAACUGCGACGAUUUAUGAACAAGACACACCAAGUUCCACGUCAACAUAAUCAGAACAUGUUGCAAAUCGGUCCAUGAGUGAGCAUUGUCCAAAGUCAGUUUUGAAUCUCCUCAUGAAUCUGAAAGGAUGAAUGCGAGCGAGAACUUCUAAGUUGAAGUAAGAACUCAUAGAGCAUGUAGGUCUCGUAUUCCCAUCGCAGUAUACCACAAGGCCCGAGGAUCCAAAAAACAUAUGCGGUGCACUUUCAAGCCCCUUCGCCUAAAACGUCCUCCUUCAGGUUCACAUUUCCUAGUUUUUGUACGAAAGCUAACAAACACCCAGCUAGUACAUUUUCAGAAACGAAACAGAUCAGUUGUUUGUGAUUAGGACUUUCACCUUUACAGUAAUUGCAGUGAAAUAAAUUCCAUUCGACUUGGCCAUUC